UCAAUAGCUAAUUAUUCUUGUUAGUAUCAAUUGAAUCACCAUGCUGUUCAAGAUAUCGUGUCUCCUCGUUCUUUUGGUGCUCUGUCUACAGCAGAGUCAUUCGACCAAACGCAGAUGCCUUAGGCCCCUGCAUGUGGGCAAAGGUAAGGCCUAUAUGCGCAGUUGGUUCUACAACUCCACAUCGCAGAGGUGCCAAAGGUUCAUCUUCUAUGGUGGUGUGCGGAAUGGCAACAACUUCAACACCCAAGCUCGUUGUCGCAAAAUUUGCCUAACCCAAGUAGUUUUGCCAAUUAAUUUAAACUCUACUGGUGUUUAAAAAGAACAACGAUUUGAAUCGAACAAUAACUAAUAAAUGAGACUCAAAUGAGACUUACGUUAAGGCAA